UAGCGGCAGCUUGUGUGUUGGUGAAUUCCAGGGAUUAAGUGGCGCGACCUUACUAGUUGGGGAAGCAAGGGGGAAAGUGAGACGUUGCUGGAAAAGCAAGGGGAUGAAUUGUACACUAGACGGGGGGAGCGAGAGGUGGAUCGGCGGGAAUGAGGGUGACACGCCACCAUUAAGCAUUGCAAAGUCCAAGGAAGAAGAAAGAAAGAAAGAAGACAAACGCAGAGGUGUUGAUGAUGACUCGAUGAUGAUAAACACAUGUGUCCUUUUCCAUGGACCUCAACCUGGAAGAAGAAAAACCUCUCUUCCAAAUUAAGGUUAAAAUUAAAAAUAAAUCAAAUCAAAAUUAAAAGACAAAAAGAAAGAAGCUUUGCCCCUGCUUCCUCCCCCUCCUCCUGAGUCCUGAGAUCUGCAGCAUCUGCAGGCCAAGGCUCUGACCGAGAUGCUGUGGCGUUGCUGAUAUUCCAGAUGGACAGGCGGAGUCGGCUAUGGCAAAGGAAGUCAUCAGACAAGAGUCCCGGCGACACUGAGAGUUCGGGAUCCAUAUCUUCUCACUCUGAAAGGUUUUCUGAUGAUCAGGCAAAUCCAACUCAUGGCAUUCUAUCGCCAGAAGUCGCUUCUAAAGCUCCACCCGAUGAUCGACAAGUUAAUGGGAGUGUUGAGGCUUUGACGGAGAAAUUAUCCGCUGCUCUUCUUAACUGUAGUGCCAAAGAUGAUUUGGUAAAGCAGCAUGCUAAAGUUGCAGAAGAAGCUGUCUCAGGCUGGGAGAAGGCUGAAAAUGAAGCGGUUCGUUUAAGACAGCAACUUGAGGCUGCAAAUAAGAAAAAAUCAGCUCUUGAAGACCGAGUUGGUCAUCUCGAUGGAGCACUGAAAGAAUGCGUGAGGCAGCUUCGACAGGCACGAGAAGAGCAAGACAAGAAUACCAAUGAUGCUGUUGCCAAAAGAACUCGUGAGUGGGAAAGUUCAAAGUCCAUGCUUGAGAGUCAGAUUGUUGAGCUCGAAGCACAACUUCAAACUGCUAAAUCGGGAGCUGCUGCCUCAACUGAUUUUGAUUUGCUUUCAAAGCUUGAUGCUACUGAAAAAGAGAACUCUGAUCUUCAACUUAAGCUUCUUUCUCGAGUGAAGGAGCUAGAAGUCAGGACUAUUGAGAGAGAUUUGAGCACCCAAGCUGCUGAAACAGCCAGCAAGCAAUAUUUAGAGAGCAUAAAAAAAGUGGCUAAGCUUGAAGCUGAGUGCCGUAAGCUAAAAGUCUUGACUCGCAAAGCAUUACCUGCUAAUGAUCACAAAUCCUUUUCUGCAUCCUCAGUUUGCGCAGAGUCUUUUACAGAUAGCCAGUCAGAUAGUUGGGAGAGGAUAGUGGCAAUUGAUCUGGAUACACACAAAGUGAGUGGCUUGGAGCAUGAUCCAAGCCAGUCAGAUUCACGGGCUCCUGCUCAAAUAACAGAACCUGGCCAGUUUAAGAACAAGAAGAGGUUUGGAAAAUAUGUCCCUUCAGUAGAAAUCAAUCUCAUGGAUGAUUUUCUUGAAAUGGAAAGGCUUGCCGCAACUCCAGAUACAGAAAAUGACAACUGUUGUCAACCUAGCUUUAGGGAAAACCCUUUAAAAACUGAACUUGAAACCAUGAUACAAAGGACUCUGGAACUUGAGGGGAAGUUAGAGAAGAUGGCAGCAGAAAAAGUGGAACUCGAGAUGACUCUGACUGAGUGUCAAAAGCAGCUUGAGACAUCACAGAGUCAACUUAUGGAGGCUGAUACGAAGUUGGAAGACCUUAAAAGACAGUUGGCUCAUGCAAAUGACUCGAUGUAUGAUGCACAGGAAGAAGUAAAGUCCUAUCAAACAAUGAGAGAAGUUGCAGAGUCACAACUAAGAGCUGUUCAAAAGGACUACAAUUCCUUGCUUUUAAAGGCUAGUUCACUGGAAGAAGAGGUUUCUAAGGAGCGAGAUUUAUCAGCUGAAAAUGUGGCCAAAUGCCAGAAACUGGAGACUGAGCUAUUAAGUAUGAAACGUGAAGCUGAGCUCCAGCGUGAGGAUGAGCUCCAACGAUUGCGCAGUACUAAUGGUGAAUUGAAGAUAAAGCAGGAGAAAGAGCUAGCAUUGGCUGCGAACAAAUACGCAGAGUGCCAGAAAACAAUUGCAUCUCUUGGCCAACAGUUGAAGUCACUUGCAACACUGGAGGACUUCCUGGUGGACUCUGAAAGGCCAUCGGAGCUUAUCGGCGCGGGGAUACAGUGUGGAACAACAUGAUUUACACCCAAAUCUGAGGCUAGUAUAAAUUUUGAAAACAGCAGAUGAUUAGCCAAAUCCUUCAAAUAUUGGUGGGUUUAAUGAAUUUGGUGAGCUUUUUGCUAGAUUUUGAAGGCAGCAAACGAGAAUUGUAAUAGAAAGAAUUGUAAUAGAAAAUUUGUAGAUAGGUCUUUUAAGAUUCAUUGUAUAGCAAUAACUGUGGAAUCAUGCCCCUCAAUCUACAGUUUGUAUUUACAUACGUGGUGGUAAUGUUGAAACAAGGUACAGUACAAUAAUACAUUGGAAGGCACAUUGUUUAUGGAAUUUUUUUUUAAUA